CACACACACAUACACAGUCUGGAUUCUGGGUGUGCGGCUGUCGAGAAGAGAGGAAGAGAAGGAAUCCUUCUGACCCACAACAGCAUCUUCUGCUCUUUUUCAGAUUCGUGUUGGGUUAGCUGGAGACCAUGUCAGAAAGGGACCGGCCUAAAAGCGGCCUGAGCCAAGCCAGCAGUACAGUCACCAUCUCUUCAGUCGCCAUGGGAACAAAGCCACAUGCAACCCGGCCUGUCCGGAAGGUACACACUUUUGGAAAGAGGGCAAACUCCAUCAAGAGAGACCCCAAUUUGCCUGUCGUCAUGCGUGGAUGGCUAUAUAAAAAGGACAGUUCUGGGCUAAAACUCUGGAAACGGCGUUGGUUUGUCCUUUCCAAUUACUGCCUCUUCUAUUACCGAGACAGCCGCGAAGAGAUGGUUUUGGGCAGCAUCCCUCUCCCCAGCUAUGAGAUUCGGACUGCAUUCUCCAAGGAGAAGAAGAACCGGCGCUUCGUAUUCAAGGCAGAACAUCCCGGCAUGAGGACCUAUUAUUUCAGCGCAGACACUCAGUUGGACAUGAACAGCUGGAUCAGGGCCAUGAACCAAUCAGCAGCGGCUGAAUGCGACUACGGAAGCUACAACCGGGGUCUCAGCCGGUCUGUGUCUGCCCACACCAGCUUUGAGGAUGUCACUCUCCUCAAGGACGACUACACCAAAAGCGCUGAAUCCCUGGAAAUUGCCCGCCUCUCGGAGACCCAGGAGCCCGAGGCCUCGUCGUCCGAGAGCCUCCACCUACAGGACAGCCCGAAGGGAUCUCCGUGCCCCAGGAGGGUCUCUCUAUCCAGCUCCAUCAACGGAGGAUACCACCACGAAAGGAUAGACCAGCCGGAUUUAAGCUCCUUGUCUUCCCAGACGCACGGAUGCCCCUCCCCAGUUAUUUCCACCAAACUCUCCCCCCGGCCACGCUCCCCACCCCCUGCUCGCUCCAACAGCCUGUCGCCCGCCUCCCCGGCUCGUACCCCUCAGCCUUCCCCCCUGCUUUCCAUUCGCUCCUCCCGUUCCUACUCGCUCCCUUUGACCCCAGCGGAGUCACCCCAGAUCCCAUCGCCCGCUCACGUCCAACGGAAGCCGCCCCGGAUGGUCGCUGCGCAGGCCGCCUCGUGCGAGGACCUGCACGCCGCGACAUCUCCGCGGGCUCUCGUGCGCCCCAACACGCCCAUGGGGAGGGUGGACAUCGCCCCCAGCGAGGGCCUCCCUCAAAACCCCUACGCCAUCGUGUCACCCGCCACCAGGGGGCGCACCCUGACACCUGCCGACCGGUACGACGUAUUCCCUUCAUCCGAAGACCCCUAUGGGCGGCGUUACACCCGCAGCCCUCACCCCAGCAGAGCCCGGCCUGGGGGUGAGGACAGCUUAACACCCACGCUGGGAAGACAGCAACAGAACAGGUUUGCAGACCGAGGUUAUCUCUCCCCAUCGACCGGACCAUCUCGUGCUUUGAUCAUGUCUCGGCUUCAGGGUCGACUGAUCACCUCCCACUCCGCCUCAUCAAGCUACCUGCACCUACCGCCCCUGCCCCCCCUGCCUAACCGGCCCAGCCCUGGGAAAAGGACAUCUUUGGGGACCAUGGGUCGGAAUCUGGUGCGGGAGAGAAGCAUUCACUCAGCUGGUGGGCAGCGGUUCGAAAGUGACACGGAUGCUCUCUUGACAAAACUGUGCGGUCAAGACAAAAUUCUUCGUGGUCUUGAAGAGGAGACGGGGCAACUCCGGGCUGAAAAGGAGCGGAUCGAAAAGGCCUUGGAGGUGACCCGCCUGAGGCUGGAGGAGUUCAAAGGCCAAGAUGCCACCAUGGAGAAAAUCUGCUACCAGCAAAGGCAGCUGCAAGAUGAGCUGGUUCAACUCCGAGCUCGCCUCUGUGACCUGGCGCUGGACAGCGAACGGGCUUGGGAAGAUUAUGCCGCCCUGGAAAACGACUUGCAGAUGGUUAAGGGCUCCUUAGAGCACGUCCGAAACGUGGGGCAUCCCCAGGAGCAAGCAGCUGCUCAGCAAGAUUUGUGGAGGAUCCACGACAUCCUGGCGGGAUUGAGAUCCAAUCCAGCAAACCUCCACACCCUGGAAAGCAGAAGAACAGGCGUGUCUCCGGCCACCACCCCAACCUUGGAUUCUCAUCUGUUGCCGUGCUCUGGAGUGGAGGAAUCCACACCUGGCCAGGUGGCAGCCACAGGGGAGUCAGGCAGAAUCGGAGGCCCGUUGGAAAGUAGGCAGCAGGACAGCCCUGGUGCAGCGGAUCAGGCUAGUCCACUUGCGUCCAGCAGAGGGCAGCAGAGGGCGGCAUCCCGGCGUUCCGAGGGGGUCAAGCCAUCUCCAAGCCAUUCCUCUAGCGAGCCCCCCGAAUUUGAGAAAGAUCACGGAAGUCACAUCAAUACACCCCACAAAGAUGCUGAGCGCAGCGUAGCCAAGGUGGUCCCUUCUGAAGCGACUGCCCCACGCCGUUCCCGCAUGAGCGCCCAGGAGCAGCUCGACAGGAUGCAGCGGAACCAGGAGGCCAAGCGAAAGUCGGAGGCGGCCCAGCCCAGCCCUCUGGGUCACUGGCGAGACUCUCUCAAGCGCGGGUCUAGCCGGGUGGGUGUGAAGCCUUGCGGGGAGGAGGACUCUGGACUAAGGAGAGUGGCGAGGGACAAUGACAAGCCCCUCCCCAAUUCCCCCCCUGAGUCAUCUCCACCCAAGGAGGGCGUGCAAACGGGAGGGAUCGAGCCUCCGCGAUGCCCCCCGACCCCAGAGUGGGAGCGACAGCGAGUCAUCCAGCUAUCCUACGCCUUGGCGGCCGAAGCUUCGCAGCGGGGGAAAUACCUCACAGGAAGGACCAACUCUCGCUCCUCCCUCAAUGACAUCCCGGCGUCACAUGAUAGCCUGAACUGUCAACACUUCCUCCCCAGUGACAACAACACCAAAGAGCCGGAGAUCAGUAGUAGGAUAUCUGAGCACGACCAAACCGCUGCUCGAAACCCAAGCUGUAGCGGAAACCCCAGAACAGCCAAUCAGGCCCCAGCUUCAUCCCAAACAACCAAUCAAGUGUCCUGUGCCUCGGAAGUUUCCGAUUGGUCCUUGCCUCUCCCUGAGGAGGACAGCUGGUUGUCGUCAAAGCCCAAGAAUCCUCCGCUGGCGCCAUCGCACCCGCUGGAAUCAACCAAUGAGGGGCGUUCUAUGCACAACGGUCCUCACCGGGUGACGCCUUUGCCCCAGUCAGCCAAUCGGAGCUUGUCUGUUUCUGGUUCAGCCAAUUGGGCUUCACCUCCUUUAUGGGACUAUGAAGUGUGGUCAUCGGAGCAAAGCCUUGUGGGUAAUCAGGGCCCUAGUAGGUGCCUCAGGUGGAGAGAUGAGCACAAGUCCCAUCAGAUGGUGGCAUAUCUUGGAGACACUGGACAGCCCAUCAAGGUCACACUGCUGAAAUCCAGUUUUUAGCUCAAGUGGAUAGAAGACAACGAUACAAAGUCAGGCCCUGCAAUGUGGUGAAGGAAUAGGUACAGGCCCGCAUUGGCCGCCUCAGGGUGGCCAUUUCCCGGUCCAUCCCUUUGUGUCCAUCCCUAGAAAGCAUGCAACUGCAGCCUUGUAUUCAAAUCCUCAUCUCAAAUCCCAGGGGAAUCCCUUCAGGG